GCUAUCAAGCGACUAGAAAGUGUAGAGAAACAACUGCUCAGAAAUCCGAUAAGAGCUGAAGUUUACAAGAGCUCAAUCAACCAAUAUCAUGAGAGAGGAUUUGCUGAAGAAGUCAAAGAUACCAAAGCACAUGACAAUGAUAUUAAGUUGGUACGAUAUCUGCCACAUCAUGCUGUUUUUCGUGAUGACAAGACAACAACUAAAUGUCGUGUUGUAUUUGAUGCCUCAGCUCGUGAAGAGGACGGUGUUUCGCUUAAUGAUUGUGUUUUACCUGGUCCCGCACUACAGCCUAAUCUGGUCUCGGUGUUGUUACGCUUUCGUACUCAUAAAAUUGGACUGAUGGCUGAUAUUGAGAAAAUGUUCCUUCAGAUAAAGCUUGCAGAAAAGGAUCAAGAUGUUCAUCGCUAUGUCUGGAGAGAUAUGCAAAUAGAUGCUUCCCCAACGAUAUACCGGAUGACGCGAGUUGCGUUCGGAGUCAACUGCAGCCCAUUCCUUGCAAUAGCUACAGUUCAGAAUCAUGCGGAAAGGUUCAUGUUAGAGUUUCCUGAAGCUGCAAAGAGGGUCAUGGAUGAUAUGUAUGUUGAUGAUUGUCUGACAGGAGCCGACGACAAAGAAGAAGCUGUGAAGUUGCAAAAAGAACUGACAGAGUUCAUGCAUUGUGCUGCGUUUAAUUUGACAAAGUGGUCCAGUAAUACGGAGGACGUCCUCAGUCACGUUGAAGAGAAAGAUAGAGCACGUAACAUGUUGAUUGAUUUCCGUGAGAGAGAGCCACUUAAAGCAUUGGGAAUCUGCUGGAACACUUUAACGGACUGCUUCGAAUUCCACAUCCCGCAGAAUCAGUUCCUUUUGCACGAAUGCGAGACCAAGAGGAACAUGCUGAGUGAUGCAUCCAAAAUAUUUGAUCCGAUGGGCUUACUAUCCCCUUACACCAUCAGAUCUAAGAUGCUGUUUCAACAGCUGUGGAACAGAGGUCUACAAUGGGAUGAACAAUUGCCUGAGGACAUUCUACAACAAUGGAAUGCCUGGAAGACUGAGUUGCCUAAGAUAAAACAAAAUUAGUAUUCCCCUUUUGUUUUAUGCAGAAUGGAAAGUCUGGUACAAGUGUAGAGCUGCAUGGGUUUGGAGAUGCUUCACCAAAGGCGUAUGGUGCUGUUGUAUACGUCAGAGUAACCCAACAGAAUGGUGAUGUUGACACCCAUCUUGUCAUGUCGAAAACUAGAGUGGCCCCUGCGAAGGUCGUGUCGUUACCCAGACUUGAACUGCUUGCUGCUGUGAUCAAUUCGCGGUUAUUGAAAUUUGUUGCAGAGUCAUUAUCAACUUCCAAAGAAAUAGAGCGCGUAGUUUGUUGGACAGACAGUGAGGUCACACUUCACUGGAUUCAAGGACUUAGCUCACAAUGGAAGACCUUCGUUGCUAACCGUUGCUAGACCUUCGUUGCAGAGAUUCAACAGACAUGGGAUCCGCAGAAAUGGAGGCACUGUCCAGGGGUGGAAAAUCCCGCCGAUUUACUGACUCGUGGAGUAACAUAGAGAAAUCUGAAAGACAGCGAUUUGUGGUGGAAAGGUCCUUCAUGGUUGUCAUCCCCUGAGGAAACGUGGCCAAAUCAGAAAUUAAAUCAAGCUUCUACACGAGAUGCUCAAAAGGAAAGGAAAGCUAAACCAGUUCAAAACUUUGUUACCGUUUCAAAUAAGCCAGUUAUCGACCAUGGGCGUUAUGAACGAUGGAUCAAGUUAAUACGAGUUACGGCGUACGUUUUGAGAUUUGUAGCCAACUUGAAAUUAAAGAAGCAUGAUUUCCCUAAAGAAUUGUCAGUUGAUGAAAUUGCAAAUGCUGAAACCUUUUUGUAUCAUCACAUUCAGAAAGAAGCCUUUCCCGAAGAGUAUGAAAGAUUAGCAUCAGGCAAGACGUUACAACGGAACAGUCGCAUUUUAAAGCUAGAUCCGUACUUUGAUAAGAACAGUCAUACCCUCAGAGUAGGUGGGAGGUUACAGUAUUCAGACUUACCCGAAGCCACUAAACAUCCAGUUAUUAUUCCAAACGGACACCCUCUUACAGAGAAGAUCAUCCAGAAAAGACACCAGGAAUUACUCCAUGCCGGACCUGAAAUAACCUGAAGUUCAGGCCCUAUCACAGAAUAGGGCCUGACACAAAACCUAUCUAAAGUGUGGGAUUCCCGUCCACCUGGUGGACGGGAAAUCUGAUUGGUUGAUCAGCAUCAUGAAGGAUUUUGAUCGGUUGCAAGUUCACAUAAACAACAAUUUUAAAAAUAGCUCGGUCAAGGCGAGAAUUAAUAUAAAGGUCAAACGCACGUAACAAAUUCCAUUAUCGAUUUCUUCGAAUUUCUUUUCUUUUAUGCUUUAUGGAAGAAAAUAAAUCAAACAAACAGUAUUUUGAAAGGGCUUCAUCAAAAUCUUUGACUAAUUUUGGACACACACGACGCUGAAAGAACAGCCAAACUAGUCCUGUAUUCGAAAGCUUGUUGUUGACAGCCAAGAUGUUCUGCCAACUUGCUUCGCCGGCAAAAGUCUUAUUUUUAAUAUCAGAUCCUACCGGCGUUGUUUUCUGACCUACAUCGCCUUCUUCGUGGCAUGAUUGAGAAUUUAAUUGUUGCUGUUAUUAGCCCGUUUAUAGUCGUUAGAGUAUAUCCGCGUCCAGCACGUUGAGACCUUGAGAAAGCUUGGCAGUCAAGCCGUGCACAGAAGUGACUAAUUAAAUCUUUGUUUGCUGUUCGCCUGUUCGGUUAAAUAGAGAAACUGACUCUUAAUUAUAUAAAAGUACCUUGAAUUUUUAAGUUUAAUUAAAAAGCAAAAUGCUCUGCGGACAUGUUCAUGAGAAUAUAAUUUUUUUUGUGUAACGAAAUCUACAACACUUGUCAAUCAUAUUGCAUGUGUGUCUAAAAAUAACAUGUGGGCGUCUCACGGUCUAGACAGGUUUUGUGUCAGGCCCUAUUUCAAAUUAGGGCCUGAACUUCAGGUUAACGAUGUACCGAAGUAUUAAGCUCGACAUCGACGGUUUGAAAACGUGUGAAGGGCGUUCGUGGGCGUUCGUCACUUAAAUUAACUGUCUGUGCUUAAAUCAUUAAAAGUGCUUUUAGUUCAUCCAAAUGGGAAUAUUGUGACGCGAAACCCUACAAACGAAAAGUGGCUGGACCACAGUGACGAACGCCCUUCACACGUUUUCAAACCGUCGAUGUUGAGCUUAAUACUUUUAUAUAGUACAUCAUCAGAAUCAGUAUUUCCAAUUUUACAUCUAUGCACGUUAAUUGUUUGCAAUUAUCCUGUGCUAUUUCCUGACGACUGGCCAGUGAGAUAAUCUUUUGUAUCGCUGCUGAAUAAGAAAAAAUAGCCACGAUCGAUGUUCAAGAUUAGAUCGAGGAUUAGAUACUAUGGCAACAAUAUUGAAGUCAACAAAUACUACGGUUUUUCACUGACUUGGUAUUGACCAAUCAGGUGAUCGUAUUCACCGUUCAGAAUCUGAACGGCGUGUAGUCAUGAAAGGUGGGCUUUCCUGCAAGCCCUCAAUCCUCCCCCGGAGCCCGCCAAAAUCCUGCCCGCUGCAAAUCAGCCCCCCCAUAAAUUUGAGGGCCUGCCACGCAGGCUAUAUUCGUGCCAAAUGCGCACCUUUGGACUUGGAAGUAGUUUUAAAUUAACUGAAUUGUAUAGACUCAUUGGGCGCAUGAUAUAAAUAGUGACGAUCAAAAGAUAUGAUUUCAUUUUCAACAUGUACUCCAUACAGUUAACACACCCGUUUGGCUAACCUGAGUAUCAGGCCGUACUUUUUAGGGCACAGGCACGCCUGAUCGUGGGCGAAAGGGAGAAAAGUACGGCCUGACACAAAAGUGGCAUUUUGCCUGGUUGUUCAGUCCAGAAUCUGGACUGAGCGCUGAUUGACCGAUUAGACAAACGAUUUUUAAAUCUGUCAUUUGAUUGGCUGGUGCUAAUUAGAUUAUACUAUUGUUGCUGAUAUAUUUUAUAAUUAUAGCCGGCCCACUAAACGGCUGAAUUUAAAUUAAAACUGCAGUAAAAUUAGAAAAUAAUCGCAAAUUAGCGAAAUAUAUUGCAAAUGUAGCUUAUAUUAAAUCGCCAUCAGAUUGCACUAUCGACUGACGUAUAGUUAUAAAGUAUACUUAAUAUAUAUACUUUAUAAUUAUAUACGUCACUGUUUGUUGAUAAAUACGGCAAGCGCCAUAAAAGCUCAUUGUAGUCACUGAAACCUCUGCGAAGGAGAAAGCAAUCGGGUGGCGAUUUAAUAUAAGCUACAUUUGCAAUAUAUUUCGCUAAUUUGUGAUUAUUUUUGUUAGUUUUAUAAGUUCAUUGCAGUUUUAAUUUAAAUUCAGCCGUUUAGUGGGCGCCUAUGCUAUAAUUAGAUUGUUGUUGUCGUUGAGUGAAAUUUAAAUUUCUCCUGCGACAUUUUGAUUGGAUACUAAAUAUAAACUUUGCUGUGGGCGGAAAGCGAUCAGGUUAAGUUUUGUGUCAGGCUCUAUUUGUAAAAUAGAGCCUGAUACUCAGGUUACCGUUUGGCCUUCUCGUGUCUGGGAGCACAAAGUCAGGCAAAACUACAUCUGUGAAAAAACUUUUGAGUUAUGUUAAUGUCAUGAUAGACAAACCUCAAGAAAACAUUGUGUAUUUUUAUGCCGAGUACCAAGAUACGUUUGGAGAAAUUCCACUCUGCUCCGCAGAGUCUGAAUUAUAUAGGAUUUGUAGGGAUAAUGUAGGGAUAGUAGAGGACAUUUAGCCGUGCUCGACGGGAUGGGGGUGAGGUCGAUGGUUGAACGUAACGAAGACUCAGCCAUAUAAUGCGCGGUUCUCGGGUAUAUUCUGCGGUUCUCGGGUAUGGCUGAAUGAAAUAAGGCAAGAAAACGACUCGGAAAGCAGCGAUGUGGACAUUUUAGAAAUUUCCCUUCACAAUCUAAGUAUCGAGGGUAAGUUGAAUGAAUUUUAUAGAAUAUUUAUGUCGCAUUUGCCGGUAUUGACGGCAUGUUUUACAUAUCUGUUUUAGCGACAGUAUACGUCAUAGUAUGAUAAUGAUAUUUUAUUGAGGGAAUUCAUUCAUCCCAAGAUGCUUUUCAAUGAAGCCCUCACCACAAAUACAAUAUUAUACAUAUAUGAAUAUCUGUAAGAAAACUAUCCUAAGUUAUAAUACUAUUAAAAAAAGUUAAAAAUAUGCUAAACUUAAAUGGUAAAAUGUUAAGAGAGAAGUUUUCUUUUAAAAAUAUUAAAAUUAGCUAUAUGCUUAAUGUCAUUAUCUAAGUCAUUCCAAUCCUUCGCUGCCUGAUAUAUAAAGCGUUGUUUUCCUCAUUCUGUUUUAACUUUUGGAAGAUAAAGGUUGGCAUUCUGACGAGUGGAAUAACUAUGGCGGUUGCAGUUCUGAAUCAGUAUUAAUUCUGUGUCCAUAGUGCCACGAAGGCAUUUAUGAAUUGCAAUGCAACGAUGUUGUUGACGUCUUGUAUUUAGUUCUACCCAAUUUAAUUUCUGAAGGGCAUCAGUAGCGGAGUGUGUGCGUGGUAAUCCCAGUAUGACCUUUGCAGCCUUGUUUUGCAAAAUUUGUAAAUCAUCCAUUUACAAAUUUUGCCAGUAUCAUGGCUUUAUUAUUGUUUUUAUCUCUCCCAAAAUCAACAAAUAAAGUUUAAAAUACCAUUAUUGGUACAUUGCCAGUAAGAAUUAUAUAAAAGCAGCAAGGAUUCACAAAGGAUGGCUUAAAUAUACGACGGAUUGAUACAAAAGACGUUUUGUAGUCGGCCCAUAAAAUGGCCGCCAGUGUACGUUGUGGUGAGACACUUAUCCUUUAAUAUUUAGAUUGAAGAUUCUAAGCAGUGCAUCCUAUAUUAAACACUUUAUAUCUAGAUGAAGAAGAUGGAUGUUAUCCAAUGGCAAGUACGCCCCAAAUGGAUGACAAGAAAUAAAUGAGUGUGCUCUGAAGUGUCCAAACGCCAAAGUGAACCUGGUCCAAAAAGGCUUCACAUAUCAACAGUUGACACAGGUUUGUUCUCAGUUAAUACUGAGUAGUCUCUCUCAAUGUACAUAUUUUUGUAGUGAUAUAUCUAAUCGAUUAAUAGUCUUAGACUAAAUUAAAUUUUGGAAUUCAAGGCAGCAUCUAGCACUAGUUCAAAGUACUAAUAAGUUCAUGAAGUUUCUCUUUCACACAAUAACAGUAUGACGAGAAUUGGAGAAUAUAUAAUUAUAAAAUUAUCAGUUUAUUCAAUGUUGUAUCAGUACACUGUUGGCCAGUAAUCUAGGUUCGGUAUGCUUAGCUGCUCGCCCAGCACCCCCCCCCCCACCCUAGAGAAAUCUUGCUGGAUCCACCACUGGGCCUUUUAACAAAUGAAUGUAUUUGAAUUAUUUGGAUUAUACAAUGUUGAUGCAAUCUCAAAAGAAUCAAUUGUGAUUGGCUAAGAACUACAGACAAUCCUCAAUGUUUAUCCACCUGAAACGACAUUGAAAAUUGCCUGUUGGUUUUUUAAUAAGACACCUGACAAGGUUUUCUUCCCUGCCAUUAUAAUAACAUCAUAAUUGCAUAAUAAAAGAAUUAUUGAAUUUGGGUUUCGCAUGAUAUCAAGACCGGUCAAUGUUAUCUGCCGAAGCCAAAGGUUGAGGUCUGGAUAAUUCUUGAUAUCAUGCUCAUCCUCGUCCAAUAUGUAAUUGUUGAAUGUUUUUACAAUUGUAUCCCAUUUUUGUUUCUGCAUCUUGCUCUCUCUAUUUUACAAAUAGAGCCUGACACAAACCUUGCUAUCCACUCAAGUAUAUUUUUGUAUAAAGUAUCCAAUCAAAAUGUCCAGGGAGAAAUGUCAAUUUCAUUUUAAAACAACUUGUAAUCUAAUUAAAGUUACAACUGCUAAAUAUAUAUAUUAGUAUCAUAUAAUUAGGAUUAACCAAUAUUAACAUAGUAUUAUUUAUAUAAUUAGGAUUAACCAAUCACAAAGAUACAUUAAAUAUGGUCUGAUAUAGUUGUGCUAGAAAUAGCCAGUCAGAUCUACAUCCAAUAUUUUGCACCUAUAUAAUAUGUCAGUUUGGAUAACUCCUGUUUUUUUUUUAAAUUUCUGUAGAUAUACCUAAUGAAUCAAUUCAAACAGAUGCCUUUGUUUUGGCAGCCAUUUGGGACCACAACAAUGAACAAUGGUAUCUUUUCUGGAUACAAGAGCUUCAAUAGCAUCAAAUUGUCCUAGUCUAAACUUUCGAUGUCCAAAUACAUUUUUUAAAAUUUCUAGACUUGUUAUAUUAUUUGAAAAGCUUUGGUUUGCAGCACCGUCUAUUGAAAUUCUUUCUGGAGUUGUAGGCAAUGUUCCACUUUCAACAGUUUCUCAGCGACUUUUGGUAGCAACAGUAAUGGCAUCAUUGGAACAAUUUAUAUCAUUGCCAAACGACACUUUGUAUUCUGUGUACAUUAGUUCAUGGUAGAUUGACACAUCAUCCAUGGAAUUAUUCUGUAGAAUAAUUAAGAUAUUUGUAUGUUACCAUGCUACUAUAGUUUAACCUGGCAAUUAUAAUGAUAAAUCUAAUUAAUUAUUGUUAUUUGUUGUUUUAAAAUUUCCAAAGUGAAAGUUUUGAACUCAUUUAUUGGGUCGUUCCAGAAAAGAUCCACACUCCCCGGUGGGGGAGGGGAGACAAAAUUGUUUCUGAUAAUAGUAAAUGUAUUAGGACAUCCAAAGGGGUAGGAGGGUGGGGGGGGGGUUAACUUCCAAUUUCCUCUGUGGGGGUGGUAUGGAUGUUUUCUGGAAUGACCCAUUAGCUUUGCCAUGAUACAGUAAGUACAUCAAAUAAACAGAUAGACAGACAUAUAAAGUACAAGUGGCAGGGUUACCGCAACAGAAAUUAUACUCCCAAUAACUUCUGGCCACCUUUGAUAAUAUAAGCUACCAGAGUUAGUGCAUGUAGACAUAUUCACACAAACAUUGCAAACCCUGGGUGAUAUAAAUGGCCAUUUAUUAUGCCACCAAGAAGGCUACCUUGCAACAACUCAACAACUAGGUUCAUCCAAGAGUUACAAAUUAUAAAAAGUACACACUGUUUCAAAUCUGUUCCAAAUCAAAUGUAUAUACACUGGGGACACAGCAAUGAAUGCAUACUUUAUGGUACAUAUAUUUUGUAUUUUUAUUCAAUCAAAAAUACUAUAUUUAAUAUUUACAUACCGUCUCUAAUAGCAGAUUCGACAAUUGUUUCAUUACGUGCAGCGUUUCACCACAGUUAAUUCACCCAGAGUGCAUAUGCUGUCAUUGAAUUUCAAGGAGCGAUGUUUAUUUAUAUAAACUUUGAAACGUUUCUUCGGUCCAACAUCGUCAAAAAACUUUACUUCCUCGUUGUUCUCAAUGCACUUUGAACAAAUCAAUUCACCGCAAACUUUUGCAUCCUGAAACGGCCUAUUUGUCCCAUGAAUAAUUCAGGAGUAAUUUUAAAAUAUUCUUAUGUCUGUAAUUGGAUGCCAUUUUGGAAACAUUAUAUGGCAGAGCCUUACGUAGCUUCCGUCUUCCCACCAUACCUAGCGCGUUUAACUAACAAUUACGUAAUUUGUUUCCCAAGUAAUAUUACGUAAUUUACUAAAAAUUCGUAAGGCUCUGUGGAGAAAUUCAAAUAGUAUUAAUCCCGAAACACGCAAUUUAUAUGUCAUUGAUGAUUUCAUGGGUGAGAAGGACGGAGUUAUUUCAAAAUUAUUCACGAAAAAAUCACAUCAUGGUAACCUGAGUGUGAUCUACAUUGUACAAAAUUUAUUUCAUCAUAGCAAAGAACACCGUACAAUUUCUCUCAACGCAAGUUAUUUAUGUUUAACGAAAAACGUGUGAGACGCAAGUCAAAUUAUUCAUCUCGCUAAACAACUGUAUCCCAGUAACACCAAAUUUUUUCAACAAGCCUAUCAACUGGCAACCAAAGAUCCCUAUUCUUAUCUAUUUAUCGACCUAACUCCUACGUGUCCCGACGAGAUACGAAUUCUAUCCGGGAUCUUUCCAACCGAUACGCAUCAUGUCUAUCAACCCAGAGUAUAAGAAAGUGGGAACGUGUGUAAAAUGUUCAUUUGAUCAUGUCUGCUUGUAUGAAGAGGAACUCCGAACUUCUGAAUGUGUUGGCCAAGUGUAAACCUGAACUGAGAAAAGCUAUUUUGAAAGGGGCUGUGCCAGCCUCACGGCUGUUUAGACUGGUUGUGGGGCCUCGAGUUUCAACGCGUUUCAAAUAAUUCUUAAUUUAUUUUCAAUCAAUAACGAACGGUGCUAAAUACAAACACAAAUAUACAGGAAUUAUACGGAUAAAUACGAAUUACUGAAUACUGGACAGAAACUGACAUAAAUACUGACAAUCUACUUACAAAUAUCUAUGACAGGACACUGGUAUAUCGCUCAGCUACUUCAAUCUAAAAAGGGCCCGAAAAACCCGGAAGUCCGUCAGCCGGAAGUCGCGGCUGUUACAUGGCUCCCCAAAAUGUCAACUUUGUUCAUUUUCUAAAUAUUAACUAAAUAUCUUUUAAAGGUCACAUAGAAAUGUCAACUAAAGUUUAUUGCUCCUUGGCGGGGACGUUCCUUUCGGUCUCUACUUGCUCCACCAUUUCUAACAACACUGUCAACUUAUGAAUUGGACGUUCGAAGCUGCUCAAGCUAUUCUUUCUUCUUCCGUUCUUAUCUAGGUUGCUUGUUGCCUUCUGAAUCUCAACUUUUCGAACUAGACCAUCAUCAUUGGGGUAAGUUUUGGUGACUUUCGCUAAUGGCCACUGAUUUCGCGGAAGGUCUUCGUCUUUGUCGAUAACAAUAUCACCAACCUGAAGGUUUCGUUUAGGGCAUUGCCAUUUCUUUCUGAUUUGCAAGUUUUGGAGGUAUUCGCGUCUCCAUCUCUGCCAAAAUUGAUUUGCUAAGAAUUGCACACGCUUCCAUCUUCUACGACUGUAGACAUCGGGUCGACUGAACUGUCCCGGUGGUGGCAGUACAACUUUAGAUUUCAGCGUAAGUAGUUGCAUUGGUGUUAUUGGUUCUGGACUGUCGGGGUCGUAGACAUCUGCC